GAAGGCACUGGGGUAGAUUGGGGAUUACAUUGUAGACUGGGGAGUAGCGAGGUAUCGGUACCAAGGUACAAAUAAGCAUAAGAUGGCUAUGAAUGUUAGUCUGGACCCCAAUAACCCUGAUGACAAGUGCAGUCGCUAUGAAGUUUUGUCCUGGAUCAAUGAAACAUUACAGACUAAUUUUACUCAAGUGGAGCAAUGUCGUUCAGGUGCAUGUUUUUGCCAGUUUAUGGACUUGCUCUUCCCAGGGUCCAUCGACAUGAGCAAAGUAAAGUUUGAGUCCCAAAAGAGGUCUGAUUUUAAACAGAACUACAGUCUUCUGCAGACAGCUUUCCGAAAAUCAGGCAUAAAACAGCCAGUCCCUGUGAAGCAACUUCUCACAGGAAAGUUUAGACCCAAUUUCACCUUUCUGAAAUGGUUCAGGAAAUUUUUCUUUGCCAAUGAGAGACAAAGGAGAGAGUACAAACCAGUUGAAGCUCGUAAUGGUCAGGAUAUUGUACAGGUAGAUGAACCUGUUAAGUCUCCAAGAUCCUGGAAAAAUCCACGUGAAUCUGGCAGAGUAAGAGACGAGUCUGACAAAGACAUGGAAUUGAAUGGAAGGAGACAACCUGUGUCUUACGAUUCUAAAUGGGAAAGAAACUUCAAGUGGAUCAGAGCCAGCCAUAUGGGAGACAACUGUGCUUACUGCACUUUGUGUGACUACAAUAUCAUUCUACAUGCAGGUUUUUUCGAUCUGAAGCGACACCAACAGACUCAGAAGCAUAUGAAGCGUGAGAUGGGAGGAUUAAAUUCAUCUGGCAGAAAAAAGAUUGAAAACUCUAUUUCCUAUAGUGAAACCAUGCUUCUUUUCAUUCAAAACCAUUGCCUCUCCAGUUUACCCUCAAGGAUCAACAAGGUCUCCCAACGUACUGCAAGCUACAUCCUCGGCCUGAAUUAUCCAAAUGAUAUUGUUUCUGCUUGUAAGAUGAAUCCCUAUUGUAUGUAUAUAUAUGGGCAGGUACUGCUUGAUGCAGAAAGCAGAGAAAGAACCUCCUGCCAUGUGGUGCUAGUGGGCUUUUUUGAGGAAAAGCGAGCAAGAUAUUGUAUCCGUCUCCUUGAUGUCUUUCAGGCUGAAGAUGGUAGCUCUGUAUCUGGAUGUUUACUCAAUGUCCUUCAAAAGUUUGAGCUUCCUGCUGGCAACAUGGUAGCUUUCUACGUUAAUGACCAGGAACAGACCUCAGGAAGUGUUGUGUCGCAGAUUCAGGAGCUCAACCCACAGGUGAUUGAUCUCGGGGGACUUUACAGCGUACCUGACUCUGCCUGCAGUGCUGGCCUACAAGCUCACUCCAGUCAGGUUCAGGAACUUAUAGCCAGCAUCUAUGAACACUUCUCAGCUUGUUCCACCAGCAACGACAACCUCAAGAUGCUGUUUGCGGGCAUUGAAGGAAUAAAAGACACCAGCGCUCCCCUCUCACACAGUUGUGAGGAGUUUUGUGUGCUCGUUCAAAGGAUGCUUGAAAUGUGGAGUGAUUUGGUAUCAUACUUCACUUCCUGUGAUGAAAAUAAUGAUAAAGCUAAGCAAAUUUGUUCGCAGUUGGAGAAUCCUAAAGUUAGGAUCACCUUGAUGUUUCUGGAUCAUGCUCUUGGACCACUCCGUGCCUUCAAGCAGCACCUGCAACAAAGCAAAGGCUCAGUUCGUGCCGAUCUUGUCCAGAUCCUUCGAGAAGCAAGUGGACUCCUACGUUCGUAUGCCUCCAGCUUUCUUCGCCCUCAAGCGGUCAUACGCUACCUGAAGGAACGAGACCCAGCCAUCCUGGAGAACUCAACAUUCUGCCUUCCUGCUACUGAGCUCAGUUUGGGUGGUGUGGUGGAAGACUUCAUCUCUGCCAGAGAAGAAGAGCUAGCAGAUUCCAUUAAUGUGUUUCAUGAUGAGUGUUUAGCUUUCUACAAAACUCUUACGACCUCCAUCGCUGACAGUCUACCUCUGAGCGAUAGUGUCCUGAGGGGCAUUUCACAGCUCCUCAGCCCAGCCGGAAGAUUGAAGGUCACAGGAAAGAGUAUAGUUGACCUUGCUGUACAAUUUGGCAUCUGCUCUGAACCUGAGGAUUCUGCUAAGCUCACGGAUGAGUUCUUGGAGUACCAGCUUGUGGAGGAUGAAGAAGACACACCUUCAACCCUUCCUCUGGAGCGAUACUGGUGUAAUGUGCUCAAGACUUUUCCACCAGAAUCCAUCUUCAAGAGACUUGUCCUCUGUUUUUUGAUUUUGCCCUGUCCAUCUCUUGAAGCAGAAAAGAUCUUUGCACAGGCUGUUGAAAAUGGAGAUGUUGCUCAUUGGGAUGAUAGUUCAGAGGAAAGUGACACAGAUUUGACAAAAGAGCUGGAUUCCAAUGAUGACUCUUCUCUAGACCACACUGAAGUCAAGAUUUCACCUAUCAGAAAUGGGCAAAUGAAAAAAAACAGAGGUAGCACAUCAGAGAUGGUUCAACACUCAGACACAGUGAAGCCGUGUGUGGUGCGACUGGAGAAGAUCACCAGUCAGAGAGAAAUGGACUUAAGGAGAGAUGGAGCCGAUGAUGAUAUCUGGACUAGUAGUACGAUACACGAGGGCUCCGUUAGGGGAAUUUAUGGUUGGGAGAGCAGCUUACGGCAGAAACCACAGGAACGUACAGUCUUUCAGGCUGGUACAGGCACCUGGAGCAAACCGGUGAACCCAGACAAGGACAGCAAACCAGAGGUGGUUAAGAACAAUGCUCGUUCAUCUGCAUCAAAUUCGACACCAAGCCCCAGAUCUGGAAAGCGAGAACAAGCGUACCACGAUGGAAAAGGUUAUGCCAUUGGAGAGCUUGUGUGGGGAAAAGUAAAGGGCUUCUCUUGGUGGCCUGGACUGGUGGUGGUGUGGAAGGGCAGGGUGCUUCCUGUGUCUAUGAGGCGCGUGGAGUGGUUUGGAGAUGGCAUGUUUUCAGAGAUUCAUACAGAGGGACUGCUGCCUUUCGCUGCGUUUGCAAAGUGCUUUUGUAGUAAAUCCUAUGAAGGUCUGCCUACCUACAGGAAUGCCAUCUACCAAAUCCUAGAGUUGGCAGCGGAGCGUUGUGGGAAGAAUUUCCCCCCUUUGGAGAAGAAAGGGGAAGAGGCGAAGGCCAUGCUGGAUUGGGCAUUUGGAGGCUUCCAGCCCAUGGGUCCUGAUGGAUUUUUGCCUCCUGUGGACAGCUCUACUAGUAAAACUGAGUCGGAUUCUUCGGUGUGUGAUUAUCAGCCUCCAGCCAAGAGGAAGUAUGUCAACAAGAACAGACAGUCAGCUCAGGAUUACACCAGAGAUCAAAUGGUCUAUGAGGUAACCGUUAAAGGCAGAAACAUUGAAGAUUUCUGCCUGUCCUGUGGAACUGCCAACAUUGAAAUUGUCCAUCCUCUUUUUGUGGGAAGCCUUUGUUUUAAGUGCAAGGAGAACUUUACAGAAACACUGUACAGGUAUGAUGAUGAUGGCUAUCAGUCAUACUGCACUGUGUGCUGCGCCGGACAAGAGGUCAUUCUCUGUGGAAAUGCCAGCUGCUGCAGGUGUUUCUGUAAAGAAUGUUUGAAUAUGCUGGUGGGACCAGCGACGUUUGAUAAGCUGAAGGAGGUUGACCCAUGGAGCUGUUACAUUUGCCUGCCCUCUAAGUGCUACGGCGUGCUCAAGCUCAGGCCUGACUGGAGUGUUCGUGUCCAGGAGUAUUUCGCCAAUAACAGUGCCUUUGAAUUUGAGCCACACCGAGUGUAUCCUUCUAUUCCAGCUCAUAAGCGUCGUCCAAUCAGAGUCCUCUCCCUGUUUGAUGGGAUUGCAACAGGCUAUCUGGUCUUAAGAGACUUGGGCUUUAAGGUGGAGCGCUACAUUGCCUCUGAGAUCUGUGAAGACUCCAUUGCUGUUGGGAUGAUCAAACAUGAGGGCCAGAUUGAAUAUGUGAAAGAUGUGCGCACCAUCACAAGGAAACAUCUGGCCGAGUGGGGGCCAUUUGACCUCCUGAUUGGUGGAAGUCCAUGUAAUGACCUGUCCAUGGUGAAUCCAGCCAGAAAAGGUCUCUUUGAAGGCACAGGUCGACUGUUCUUUGAAUAUUACCGCAUGUUAACCAUGAUGAGGCCGAGAGAGGAUGACGAUCGCCCCUUUUUCUGGCUCUUUGAGAAUGUAGUAGCCAUGAGUGCCCACGACAAGGCUGAUAUCUGUCGUUUCCUGGAGUGUAAUCCUGUGAUGAUUGAUGCUGUGAAAGUAAGCCCAGCCCACAGGGCUCGCUACUUCUGGGGAAAUUUACCUGGAAUGAACCGACCACUUGCGACUUCACUCACUGAUAAAGUAGAACUGCAGGACUGCCUGGAGGUCGGACGAACUGCAAUGUUCAACAAAGUUCGCACUAUCACCACCAAGUCCAACUCCAUCAAACAAGGGAAGAUGGGGCCUCUGCCAGUCACCAUGAAUGGAAAAGAGGACUAUCUUUGGUGCACUGAAAUGGAGAGAAUAUUUGGGUUUCCAAAGCAUUAUACAGAUGUGAAUAAUAUGGGGCGAGGACAGAGGCAGAAGGUGCUUGGGCGGUCCUGGAGCGUUCCCGUGAUCCGACACCUCUUUGCCCCUCUAAAGGAUUACUUUGCUUGCGAGUAAAGCCACCGUCUGGUCCAGGCAGCACUGGCACUGGAGGUCCAAAUUAAGUCUCUCAGAUGAAUGAAUUUGAUUUUUUUUUUUCUCUCCCUGCAGAUUCUGACCUCACAGAAAAUUGUCAAAUUGUAAUGUUGCAUUUGUUCUUAAGUUCAGAAAGCGUGUUAUCCUGAUGAUUUAUCCUUGGAAUGCACAGCCACUUUUGGAUUGGAUUUUCUUAAGUACUGUCAUUUUUAACUUGUGUACUUUUAAACUGAUUUUAAUGCUGUAGAGAGCCACACAAUACUCCACCCACUACCUCAGUGCCAUUCUUUGAUUUGUUCAUUGUCUGGAGGAAUGCCGCUUUAUGCCUAUUUAUAAUUUAAUAAGUUAAUAUUAGUUUGGUUUAGUUUAUCAGUUUUAAAUUUAUGUCAGCUUUUUAUAUCACACUUUUACAUUAAAUCUUUUCCGUGUUUUAGGAAUAAACAUGUCCUGUUGUUAAAUAUUGCAUUUCAGAAUUUUUUAAAUGAUGGUAAUGUUGUCAUUCCACGGCACGUUUUAUAAUACAGGAUGUUUGGCCAUCAUGACAACUGUACUAAGUCAGCAUUUUUUAGGAGCAUCUAUUUAACUGAAAUAAAUGCUAAUAUAGAUGACUUGGGUUUCAGUUAAACUGCGUUUUAUUUAUAGGAAUACAUGCAAUCUUGUAGUGCUCCAUGUAUUUAGAAGCACAAAUGUUGUCUGUGCCAUUAAAUUUUACUCAAAGCCUUGGGCUGAUGAUAGAUUUGAGUUGACCGUAGCCUUCCAAAGCUUUACCAUUUUUUUUUUUUUUAAUUUUUACUUUUUUUAAGUUGUAAUCUUUAUCAUUCUUAAUCAAUUUGAAGAGCAACACUGCAGUUUUAAGACAAUUUUUUGCCUUGAGCUAGCAUUUUAGUCCACACUAUCAUCAUUUUACAAGAAACAGGUCAUCAACCCUUAGGAUUAAGUAUUUCGUUUUUCAUUUUGCCCCAUUUGUUACCUGUACGCACUUCUGAUUUUAAACUGUUGGCUGAAACUGGUCACUGCAGCAUUCAUUUGUGUUGUUUUUGGUGAGGAUUUAGCAUACUACAAUAUCUAAGUGAGAGUUAACUGAAGCCUUUUUGUAGAACAUGAUGCAAUGUGAUCAAGGGCUUAAACUCUGAAUAAGUGCCUACAAACUGAUAGGCUAUUUUUUUAUGUAGAAAAAAUUGUGAACUGAUUGUAAUUGGCAUGACUUCAGACUACUUUAAAGGGAAUCAUUUUGGUUACUUUGUCUAGUGCAAGUGUCUAAAUGAUAUCUUACCUUUGAAAUGUCUCCGAUUACAUUUCGUUAUCAAUUGUGGUCUACUGUCAGUGUGAAAUUAGGUGCUUCAGAAUGUGUGUAUAAAAUACUAUGCGUUUUCUUUUUAGUUGUUUAGCAUGUGUCUUUUUGUAGCAUUAUGUGGAUCAUGGUGAUUUGUGGUUCGGACUGUCACAGGUCAAAGCUAGUGUGACCAUACAUCCUCUUUUUCCCGGACAUAUUCUGGCAUGGAUUUCUAUCAAUCGAAUAUAUACUAUACCUGCAUGCUAUCGGUCAGAUUUCUUUUCAGUCGUUACCUUCAAGUAUAAAAACAAUAGGAAAACAAAUCCAUUUUAGGUCAUUUAGAAAUCCCCAUCCAGGACAUGUCUGGGGGGAAAAGAGGACAUAUGGUCACCCAAAUCAAAGCUGUUUUCUAAAACUUGAUACCAACUUAUUCAAACUAAGCUUGAUUAAACCAGUUUUAGUGAGGCAUGGGCCAGCUUGAGGUGUGUGUGUGCUUUGGUGAAAUAUCAUUAACUGGAUUACAUGUCUUGAUGCCUUUUGGAUGUCUAUGUCUUGUAGCAAAGCUUUAGAAAUUCCCAGUAAGAACUGUGUUGGUGCUGUGUUACAUGUGAUUUUUGUAAAAUGAUGGUUCAUGUGUAAUUUGGAGGUGCAGUAUUGUGUUAUAAAGAAUAACUUCCUCAGGUCUUUUCAACACCAGCAGGCCUCAUAGGACCGUGAUCUUUAAUGUCACAUUUGAUUAUUUUUAUUCAAUUCUUUGUGAACAGAAUAUACUAUAUAUUUGUACCCUUGAAAUUGCCCUUAAUACCUCUUCUUUUUUUCCUGUUGAAUGGGUCAUUCAAAACCCUGAUGUGUUUUGGUGCUAAAUGAUAUGCUAAUGAUGUAUGUAGAUCUAGAAUGUUUUCCCUGAACUGAUGAUUGACAAGACUGGUUUUGUUUUAAUCUUUUGAUAUUUGAUAUAGUCUGCUUACCUAGCUUUAAUAUUCCAUGCUUGUACUAACAUCAGUAAAGAAAAAUUAAUUGC